UCUCACUAUCACUGCUUUAAAAGGCUCAUUUUAGAAAGCUGCAGCUUAAUGUUCAUAUAAUGGUGCAGCUUCUUAACACAAUAUGUUUCAGUCUGUGGAUUCUCUGGUGUUGCUUGCUGUUUGUUCAAGGAGCUGAAUGGUGUCAAAACCGCUGCAUUAAUAGAAGCAACAUCUCUACUGAGCUCCAGUCUGAUGUCCUGCUGCCGUGUAACUUUAGUCCAACUCUCCUAGGAUCAGAUAAGUCUGCGGAUAUAGCAGUAGUCUGGAGUCAGAUAAACACAACAACACACAAUCUAGUGGAGAUCUCUCUACAGGGAAUUGUGAGUUCCUGGGAUUACAAAGGUGGACGUAUCAAGUAUUUCUUUAAGCCCUCUGAAUCAGGAAACUUCUCCAUCCUCAUUCAGAAAGUGCAGCUGUAUGAUGUGAGUCUCUACCAAUGUGAGCUGUUUAAUGGGACCGGCUGCAUCAUCGCUUAUCAGGAGAUACAGCUUGGUCUUGCUACUUUUUUCCAUCGAACAGAAAUCAUCGCAGGAGCAUCAGCAGGAGCAGUUUUUCUGUGUUUAUUCAUAGCAUGUGUCUUUAUUGGAACAAAGCGAAAGUGUCGGCUACACCCAGAGAGCACUCACGAUUGUCCAUAUGAUAACCCAAUCUAUGCCAGUUACACAGUACAGCUCAGCCAUUACGGGAACGGUAAAUACCUACUCUCAGAUUACUAUACUACUUUUUUAAAUAUCUGUUUCACUUUAUCAAUCCUUAAUAAACUCUGUUUCCCCUAACUUUAGAAGCUCUUGUGAGUGAUAACCCCAUCUAUGAGGCUGCUUGGUACAGAAGAGGCAGCAUGUGAUGAAGACAAUAACCUUUAACAGAGAGCACGUACUGGAGAAUUAUUUAUUCCUGAGAGUCCAUACACAUUUGCAUGGUCAUUACUGCAGUGAUAGCUUUUGUAACAAUGAUAUGUGAUCCUGUUAUAUAUAUUUUUAUAGCUCUAAAAUUUUAUGUUUCGUCAGUUCUAAACACUAUUAUGCAUAUAUUAUGUGAAAAAUACUUUUUUCCUGGUGUGUUAGAGAAUGUGGACAGAAUUUAGAAGGUGGUGAAGCAUCAAUGGCUGUAUCUGACUGGUCUGUUACAGUUACUGCAAUACUAUUGCUCUGGUUUGAUAAUAUAAUUAUCCCGCCCAACAUCAACAAUAAAAAAAAGAAAAA